AUGACCAGAAUAUCCAAAGAUGAACACCCUACCCGGGCCAACAAGUCCCAGAAUGGGGAGGCACUCUCAAUGGAAUCACUCAAAAGCCUUGACGAGUUUGAAUCUCUCGCCACAAAGCAAAUAAGCAAAAAGGCUUGGUCCUUCAACUACGCGGGCGCUGGAGACCUGAUCUCCAAAAGGUUGGACCAAGAGGUCUAUCGCUCAAUCCUCCUCCGGCCACGCGUCCUCGUCAAUGUCAAAGAAUGUGACCUGUCGACGACAAUCAUCGGCGAGAGAGUCGGUCUACCUAUCUUCGUAUCGCCUAUGGCAAUGGCCCGGUUAGCCCACCCCACAGGCGAAGCUGGUAUUUCAGCCGCGUGUGGAGUGUUCGGUGCCAUGCAUAUGAUCUCGAAUAAUGCAUCGAUGACUCCCGAGGAGAUUGUCGCGGGAGCCACACCUGAGCAGGUGUUUGGAUUCCAGCUUUAUGUCCAGACGGAUCGCACUGAAAGCGAGGCUGUCCUAGCGAGGAUCAAUAAGCUGCCCGCGAUUAAGUGCAUUGUCCUCACCGUCGAUGAGCCCGUCCAAGGGAAGCACGAGCUCGGGCCGAGAGGAUCUGAAAUAUACGACGAUGCGCAGACCGAGGUUUCAACUCAACCAGAAGAGUCAUCCCAACCAAGCACAGACGUCAAAGUGGCCAUCCCAUCGGUCUCCGGGGCGGCUUCUGACGCCGAAUGGGAGAUUACGUUACAAUGGCUCGCGAAACACACCUCGCUACCAAUAAUCAUAAAAGGCAUUCAGACCUACGAGGAUGCUGAAGUCGCUGCUACGUAUGCUCACGUAAAAGGCAUUGUCUUGUCGAACCACGGGGGACGUGUCCUUGAUACUGCGCCGCCGGCUAUUCACACCCUACUCGAAAUCCGCAAAUACUGCCCAGAGGUUCUAGAGAAGCUGGACGUGAUGGUCGAUGGGGGUAUUCGACGCGGGACAGAUGUUGUGAAAGCGCUGUGUCUCGGUGCGAGGGCAGUGGGUAUUGGGCGACCGGCGUUCUGGGGUCUUGGUGCCGGUGGUAUCGCUGGGGUUGAAAGGACGCUCCAGAGUUAA